AUGAAGAGGUCUGCAAAUCGCACAAUAACUUCAUAUUUCGCUAAAAGAGCAAACCAUGAAGUAACCAACGAAUCAGAUGCAGCAUCAUCAACAACUGGAGCUGUGGCAACCACAACAGUAAACGAAGAAGAUGGCGCUCACGUCAGGACUACUGGAGACAACAAUACAGCGUUGAGUUGUCCAGUCCCGUCAACAUCUGGUGCAGUUACUCCGUUGACUCCUUCAGUAUGUAUUGUUCAGCCGCCACAAGUGGCAGUUUGUCCAGCUCAUCUAGACUCCGCAGUGAGUGAUCUUGGAACUUUGGUCGAUGGGCCCUCACAACCAAACCUUGGGUCCUAUCCGAGAAACCAGAAGAAUCGUUGUUUUCGAGCAGCCUGGUAUACAAGCUACCUGUGGCUUGAAUACAGCAUUGCAAAAGACAAAGCAUUUUGUUUUGCGUGCAGGAAUUUUAGCACAUCGACGUGCAAGGCGACCCAGCAUUCACUGAAGUUGGUUUUUCUAAGUGGUCAAAGGCGAUGGAAAAUAAUCGCGGAUUUAAAGCACAUGACAAAUGCUCCGAUCACCUCCUUUCCAUGGCUCGUUGGGAAAGUUACAACAUCCAGAAAAAGAAUCUAGGGGCUAGUAUUAGAAAUAUGUUAGACCCUGAAAGACCAUCUGUAGUGGAACAUAAUCGAGAAUACAUGAAGAUGCUGUUGGAAUAUCAUCGGUACUUUUGUUCUGAAGAGAUGGCGUAUAGAGGACAUGAUGAAACUGAUGAGUCGCUCAAUGCAGGAAAGUGGAAAGAAUUUAUCAAGGCAAUGUUACGCACUAACCCAACAUUCAAUCAACUGCAUAGUAGGUUGACUCAAACGUACAAAGUAUACGACUACACAUCAAAGGGAUCUUCGCUCGAGUUGAUAAGAGCCAUGGCUUCUGAGGUUCGACAUCUGAUCGAGGAACAGAUAGACAGAACGGGGAUGUAUUCAAUGCUCAUCGAUGAGUGCAAAGAUAAUGCGGGGCAUGAAGAGCUAUCGACUUGUUUUAGGUUUGUAAAUGACGAAGGACGAAUUGAAGAACGAUAUUAUGAUCUUGUUAGACUUAAAGAGACUGAUGAAACCAUUGUGAAUGAAGGAGUUUUGCCAACAAGUAAAAAACUGAGCUUGUCGGCCACUCUCCUUGCACUUGGAGCAGAUGGCGCAUCUGUUAUGAGCGGAUGUUACGAAGGCGUUGCUGCUAAACUGAAGAGAUAUUAUCCUUGGUUGAUUUAUGUUCACUGUGCUGCGCACCGUCUGAAUUUGAUUGUAGCGGCUUAUUUUCGUACAGUCAAUGAAGCAUGUAGUGUAAUAAAUGUCUACAAGGCUUUGCACACAUCAUUUUCAACGUCGCUGGCAACAGAGAAAUAUUCGAAGCUGUUCAAAAGGAGCUUUAUCCGAAACAGCCCAUAA